AUGAUUGCUGCCUUUGCAAGGAGUGCUGCCUUCGCACGGAGUGCAGCCUUCCCAUGGAGUGCUGCUUUUGCUCAGAGUGCUGCCUUCGCAAAGAUUGCAGCCUUCGCAAGGAGUGCAGCCUUCGCAAGGAGUGCUGCCUUCGCAAGGAGUGCUGCCUUCGCAAGGAUUGCUGCCUUCACAUGGACUGUUGCCUUCGCAAGGAGUGCUGCCUUUGCAAGGAUUGCUGCCUUCGCAAGGAGUGCCGCCUUCGCUAGGAGUGCCGCCUUCGCUAGGAGUGCUGCCUUCGCAGGGAGUGCUGCCUACGCAGGGAGUGCUGCCUUCGCAAGGAGAGUUGCCUUCACAAGGAAUGCUGCCUUCGCAAGGAGUGCUGCCUUCGCAAGGAGUGCUGCCUUCGCAAGGAGUGCUGCCUUCGCAAGGAGUGCUGCCUUCGCAUGGAGUGCAGCCUUCGCACGUAGUGCUGCCUUCGCACGGAGUGCUGCCUUUGCACAGAGAUCUGCAUUCGCAGGGAGUGGUGCCUUUGCAAGAAGUGCUGCCUUCGCAAGGAGUGCUGCCUUCGCUAGGAGUGCUGCCUUCGCAAGGAGUGCUGCCUUCACAAGGAGUGCAGCCUUCGCACGGAGUGCAGCCUUCGCACGUAGUGCUGCCUUCCCACGGAGUGCUGCCUUUGCACAGAGAUCUGCAUUCGCAGGGUGUGGUGCCUUCGCAAGAAGUGCUGCCUUUGGAAGGUGUGCUGCCAUCGCUAGGAGUGCUGCCUUCAAAAGGAGUGCUGCCUUCGCAAGGAGUACUGCCCUCGAAAGGAGUGCUGCCUUCGCAAUUAGUGCUGCCUUCGCUAGGAGUGUUGUCUUCGCAAGGAGGGCUGCCUUCGAGAGGAGGGCUACCUUCGCAGGGAGUGCUGCCUUUGCAAGGGGUAAUGCAUUCGCAAGUGGUGCAGCCUUCUCAGGGAGUACUACCUUUGCAACGAGUGCUGCCUCCCAAUGA